ACCACCGUCCUAGACUAACACAUUAAUAUUCUUCUAGCAACCAAAUAUCAAAUCCUUCAUGGGACAAAUAAGUUUUAUUCAAAUAACAGUGAUGUCAUUUCUCUAAAUCACUUCAGUAAAAUUGGUUACCGGACAAAUUAGUACACCUUGCACAACUUCUAUGAUUAGCAGUUUCACACCAUGUGCAAAUUAUAUCACAGGAAGUAUCAAUAAUAAUAAUGGUUUAAUAACGCCAUCAACUAGUUGUUGUGAUUCAUUCAAUUCUUUGAUGAGCAAUAGUAUGGAUUGUGCUUGCUUGUUAGUAUCAGCUAAUGUUCCAUUUCAAUUAUUACCAAUAAACAGAGUUCUUUCUUUCUUCCUUCCACAAGCAUGUAACUUCAAUGGAUUUUCUGUGCAAUGCAAGGCUUCUGGUUCUCCUUUACCAGCUCCAGGCCCAGCUAUCCUUGGAUCAAAUGUCCCUACUCUUCCGCCAAUUAAUGCUUCUCCCUUCAGCCCACAAGUGACUAAAACCGUUGAGGUCGCUGAUGCUCCCAGAAAUGUGAUUCCACAUUCGUCAAUGGCACAUGCACCAAUGAAGCAAAGUUCAACAAUUCAACAAAUACUUUUGAGCUUAUAAUUAUCUCUUUUUAUACAUUCUUUUAUCGAAUAAAAUUCAUAUACAUCUUACCACUUACCGCUUUAUGUAAAAUACAUUUAUGAAUUGAAUAUGUAUCAACUUCAAUAUGAAUUCAAAAACUCUCUUGUAGAGUGUGUUGUUGACUAGUGUA